AGCGCACGGAGGACGUCUGUCUCGUUCUGGUCUGGAAACCUGCGCGCCAAGCCUUCGGGCGGCACUAACCACUCGUGAUCUGCCCCGUGCACUGGCCAGCUAUUACAGCAUUCCCCUCUGAGCCUGCUGCUUCUUUCAAGAAACACCCCAGAUGGUGACAGACAUGGCGCGGGGAGCCGCCCGCCGCCGCACCUCGCCUUUUUUCAGCAGCUUCCGUUUCUUGCCGCUUGUCUGCCUACUUCUGAACCCUCCAGGUGUGCAGGUGCGGGGGUCGUGGGUGGUGCAGCAGCUGGAGCCUCAGGGGGCGGACAACGUGACGCGCCUGACACUGCUCCUCGGGGACGCCCUCGGCGUGGAUGCCACUGCAAACUUCACGUCAUUCAGCCUGUGCUUGUGGUUCAAGGUUACAACUUUCCGAGAUCUCAGCUGCCUCCUGAGUUAUGCUCUCAGUGCCAAGAGAGAUGACGUGAUAACAGUCUUUGUUCGGCCGAGUGGCGUCGAGAUCAAUUACUACAAAGUCAACAUCCAGCACAACACGCUCAUCCGGCCCCUGUGGUGGUACCCGGCGUGCGUUGUGGUGCAGCCCGGGGUUGUGUCCGUGAUGGUGGCGGGAGAGGAACAGCAACAACGCAGUAGGGCUCCGGCUCUUGCACUCUACGGCUCUUUAGUGCUCGGCCAGGAGCAAGAUGACCUAGAUGGUGGUUUUAUCAGUAAUCAAGCUUUUGUCGGACACGUAACCGGACUUACUUUUUGGGAUUAUAAUCUCAGUUCCUACCAGCAAUAUGCUUGGUCUGUAUGCGAAGCUGCUGGCGGUCCAGAGAUUCUGUCAUGGGACGAAAUUGUAUGGAAAAUACACAACGAUACAGGCAGUGUUAAGAGUCACUUUGAUGGACCCUGUAACAAGAAUGAGGCCUUAAAUAAAAAUCUUAUCUUAUUUACCAAUAAAAUGUCUUGGCCAGAAGCUCGCAAGUUCCUCCAGCUUGCUGGUCUCAGCAUGGCUAGUUCGAACAGCACACAAGAGCGAGACCACGUUACAGACUUGAUUCUGAAGUACCAAACACAAUGCACCAACGCCUAUUCAGAAGGAGUGCAUGUGUGGCUUGGCACUUUAGUGAAUGGAGAGAACAAUACCUCUGAGAAUGACACUCAGCUGAACAUUAGAGGAAAUAUAAAUAAAAAGGAAUAUGUAAUAAGUCAAGAUGAGAGAGGAAUUUUGCGCAAAGAAAAUCCUUCUGAGCAAUUAUGCUUCAUUGGUCUUUAUACAGAGAUGCCUCAGGAACUUCGUCUGGGAGGACUCAGUAGAAGUGAAUCGUCAAGUAAGAUGAGUUUCAUCAUGAGCCCCACACCACCUGACGACCAGGAAAACAGUGUGUACCUGCAUGGCUACGGUGACUACCGCAUCGUGGGAAAUACUCCGUCAUCUCGCUGGUGUCUGGAACACAACUCUGCACGGGGCAGGGCCAACGCGAGAGUCUUGGCGUGUACCACGGCCAAGGGCCCUCCCCUCGGGCGACACAAAUGGCUAAUACCCGACAAUACCCGCAGUAAUGCACUGACAAAAUCUAAGAUGCUGACCCUCAGCACUUGCGCUUCAGACCAUUUUACCUGCCCAGAUUCUUCGUGCAUCCACUUAUCAAAGCUGUGCAAUAACGUAGUUGACUGUCAAGACGGAGAAGAUGAAAAUAACUGUUUUACGUGCAUCAAACUUCCGGGAUACGUGCAGGCCAUUCCUCCUCGCGUGCCGGUUCAGUUACUUGUGAAAGUUAUAAUCACCCGGAUCGGAAGAACUGAUCUGCUGGCCUCAGCCCUUUCCGUGGACACCACCUUGAGCGUCACCUGGACCGAUCAUCGCCUUCAGUUCCGUAACCUGCAUAACAAUACCGAAGGGGCCUUCACCGCGGUCAUCCUGGAGGGCGACAGUAAGGUGAGCCACGCACACAGCAAGGACAACACUCUGCCACGUGCAACAGAUUCUUGCACUGGUGCGUAAUGACUGAUCCCUGCGUGCUCCGCAGGUGUGGAUGCCGGCCUUCAAGGUGGACGGUGGGUCCAUGGCGCAGCGGGAGGUGGAGGAUGGCCUGCGGGUACAGAUGAAAAAGGAGGGCACCGUUGUGGAUGGAGCGUACAUCGCCUACAGUGGUGCAGACAACCCCCUGCUGCUGAAGCUGGACCUUAGCAUCAUCAGCCACUGCCACUUCCACCUCACUAAGUACCCCUGGGACGUGCAGGAGUGCCGGGUGGAGCUGCGGGUGAGUGGGACAACAGUAAAAAAAAAAAAAAAAAAAAAAAAAAAAA